AUGGACAAUCUUGCCCAGAAACCGACGCCGCAACAGCAGGCAAACCUGAUCAGACCGGAGCAGGUCAACAAGUUGCCGCAGCUCAAUCCGCAACAGAAACAACAGUUCUUCCAAGGGGUCACCAGGUACUGGGAGAUCUUGAACACCACGCAGCCGACCGAUCCUCAGUACCAAGAAGCACUGAAGAGGCUGCACAGCACCUCGCAGCAGUUGAUGGCUGGCAUGAAGCAGUGGCAGGUGCGGAAACAGAUGCAACAGGCGGCACAACAACAAGCGGCGACGCAGAAUCAGGCACAGACACAAGCUCAAGCCCAGGCACAAGCCCAGGCUCAGGCGCAAGCACCAAAACCCGCGGGUCAAGCUGUCCAAGGGCUCACAAACGCGGCAUCCGGUCAGACUGGAGGUAGCGCCGUGCAAUUCAGCCAACUCUUACCUGAGAUCCAGCGCAAGGUCAACGAGCACCACUUCUACUAUCCCCCAGCUAUGAACAAGGGCACAGAACCUGCUGAAGUAUGGUUGCGCGAGGCGAAGGCCAGGUUGGGCCAGGCGAUGCAGAGACUCCAAGUUGCGAAACAGAAGAAGGCCGAGUUCCAUAGAACAGCCCAACAACGACAGGCAGCGGGGAAUCCGUUGACGCCAGAAGAGACCGCCGUGUACAACAACAAGAUUGCCCAAUGCGACCGAGCGGUGACUGAGAGCACUUCAUUCAUGAAGAAAUUCAAUGAACAGCAAGAACAGUUCCGAAACGCACAACCACAACACCAAUUUUCGAAACAAGGCACAGCUGGAGCCGAAGGGACAGACACGACCGCCGCACCUCAUAUGCCACCCGGCGUCCAAGGGCCCACUGCGCAUUCGAUCAGCAGCGCUGUUUCUGCCGCACGUAACCAAGCCAGCGCUGCUCAAGCAAGCAGCCCGACCGCACUUGCACCCACCGCUAGCCAGAGCGCAGGUGCAGUCACUCAGCAGACGCCUUUAUCUGCGACACAAACGCAGUUCCCUCAACCCCAGGGAGACACCUCUGCCGCACCUCGUCCCGUAUCACAUCACGGUCAACCCAUGCCUCCUCUCCAACACGCGCCGUCUUCUGGCGUGCAUCCUCACCCGCUCAACACCGGCAUCAACGGCGUUAAGACCGCAACUCCGCACAUUACUAAGAAUCUACAGCUGCCGGAUCCGAAACCGGUGCAGAUGCCUCCGUCCCGGCCAACCUUGACUGGUGGUGCUGGUGUAGGCUUGCCGGGGCAGCUCGCACAACCCGCCAUCACAGCACUACCUGGCUACGUGUUGGAGUCCAGCGAAGACGGGAGGGUGCUGUCUAAGAAGAAGUUGAACGAGCUGGUGCGUGAGGUUUGCGGCCCCGGUCCGGAGGAGCAGCUUGAUCCCGAAGCCGAGGAAAUUUUCCUUGCCAUUGCCGACGACUUCGUGGACGAGCUGGUUUCCCAGUCCUGUAAGCUCGCAAAGCUGCGUGGCUCGGCGAGUCUGGAACUCCGCGACAUCCAAAUUGUCCUUGAACGGCAAUACAACAUCCGUGUACCGGGCAUCUCCACCGACGAAAUUCGCACUGUUCGGCGACCACAGCCUGCUCCUGGCUGGGCUCACAAGAUGGGCGCAGUCCAAGCAGCGAAGCUGACGGGAGGGGGCAGUGCCGCCGUCACGACAGGCACAAACACAAAGGAGGCUUGA